GAAGUCGACUAGUGAAGUGUUGAUGCGAGAGUGAGCAACCAUUUAUUCACAUUUCGUUGGUUUCGGAUUAUAAAUGUUAUGCACAACCAUCAUCGCGGGUGUGUGUGAAGUCGGAGUGGACAAGUAGUUACAAGAUUUAUCACUUUUUCUACUCAUGGAAUGUAUUUUUUUCUUAUUUUCAGCAGCUAUAAACAUUCCGUUUUUUUCCUGCAGGGCUAUCCAAGUAAGGUAAAAGUCGGAUUUUAGGGCUAUUUCUCUUGUAACUUAGUUUUCUCGAUGCAGGGACAAGCCAUUCGUUUUUUUUGUUAUUUUCUUACGUCUUCCAAACGAUUGUGAUUGUGGCAACGUUUGUUCGCGGUCCACCGCAAUCUUCUGCAGCGUUCAUGUAACCUUGUCUUUGAGCUCAGCCCUACGGGUUUUGCUACUGGGAUAAGGGGACUAAAAAGUUACUUGUCAUAAAUGGAUCGCCAUUCCAGUUUCAUUUGCAUUUGGCUACAACUGGAACUGUGUGCCAUAGCUGUUCUUCUUACUAAAGGAGAAAUACGGUGUUACUGUGAUGCCCCCCACUGCGUGGCCACAGGCUACAUGUGCAAAUCGGAACUAAACGCCUGUUUCACCAAGGUGUUGGACCCUAUGAACACGAACUCGCCUCUCACACACGGGUGUCUAGAUCCCAUAGCAAACGCUGCCGACGUGUGCAGCGCUAAGAACACAGAUGCCCUGAGUGGGGGCUUGUCCACACUAGAAUGUUGUCACGACGACAUGUGUAACUACAGAGGACUACACGACCUGGCGCACACCAGAGAAUCUACAGACCACGGCAGGUACCAGCCUGAGAGCAACAACCCUAACCUGGUCACGCGGGUACAGGAGCUGGCCUCUGCCAAAGAGGUGUGGUUCAGGGCGGCGGUGAUUGCGGUGCCUAUCGCGGGAGGCCUCAUCCUGGUUCUUCUCAUCAUGCUGGCGUUAAGGAUGCUCCGCAGCGAGAACAAGCGGCUGCAGGACCAGAGGCAGCAGAUGUUGUCACGGCUCCACUACAGCUUCCAUGGCCACCACACUAAGAAGGGCCACGUGGCAAAGCUAGACUUGGAGUGUAUGGUGCCUGUGACGGGCCACGAGAACUGCUGCCUCACCUGUGACAAGAUGAGACAGGCAGACCUGGGAAAUGACAAGAUACUGUCACUGGUACACUGGGGGAUGUACAGUGGGCACGGGAAGCUGGAGUUCGUAUAACUUACUUUUCUAAGAUCGUUUGACUUCACUUUAUGUCCCACCACACCCUUCCCCACCCGCCCCCCAAAAAACAGCCAAGACUGCCUCCUCCACUCGUUGGGGUUUCUCUUUUAACUUAAAAAAUGAAUCCCCUUUUUUGUCCAUUGUACUUAUCUGUUUUCUUCAAUGGAAGAAAAAAAGAGGACAGAAUUGAACGCAAGCCUUGUGGUUUUUGCUAAAGGUGCACUUUACUUGAAAAUUAAAGGCAAACCAAUGAGGAGCUGAGCGGGCAGGGCUGAGCUGACGGAUUGAAAGAGCUCUGUCAAGACCCUGUCUGCCUGUGCAUCCUGGACUUUACACAGACUGCUGAAGGAUUCCAAAUCGGUCUUAUUUGCACAUUUGUAAAAACAAAAAAACUUUGUUUUGCUUAAAGAAAAGCUAAAUAGGAGAAGAAUUUUACACUGACACCAGGGUACAAAAAAGUACUUUUUGAGGAGUAUAGGUGACUUAAGGUGUGUACAGUCCUCUGUAUGUUUCUUGAUCCAAGCUUAUUGUAAAGAUUGAAAAUAUAUAUAUUUUUGUCUGAAAGAAACACCCUGUUCUGUGUGUUCUUCCCUGCUACGUGUGUGUGAGAGCGAGAAAGAGAGAUGAGAGCUGUGGCUCAUGUCAUAGAGGCCUCUUUUCUAUCUGUUUCUUUCUGGGUUGUAUGUCUAUACAGUACUAUGUGAGAGGAUGUGUGGUGAGAGAGGAACACGCUGCGUGUGUGUGUGUGUGUGUGUGUGUGUGUGUGUGUGUGUGUGUGUGUGUGUGUGUGUAGGUCUGACUUCAUAGUGAGGCCAUGUUUCACAGUAGUGCUCCAUAUGACUCAGUCAUUCUUGAACUUCCUCCAAAGGUUAGGAUCUCAGCUUCAAACAAAUGUUGUUUAUUUCAUUGCACAUGCUGGAUUUCUCCUGGAAGUAGUGUGGAUAUUUAUUUUAUACUCAAUCGAAGGCCUGUAUAAUCCCUCCCCAUUCAGCUUCUCUGGAUGUGUUUCUGCCGACACACUAACCCUCCUGUAUCCAACCUCGUGUUGAUGAAGAGGGCUUUUUUCCCUGCCAAGCAACUGGGCUAGCGAUUAUGCCAAAUAUCUUAUUACACCACUUAGAAAUAGAUCUCAAGUGUGAUGGUGGGAUUUGUUUUAUUAAGAGAGUUAUUGAUGAGCUAUUAAGAUAGUUAAUAUGGAACCUACAGACUUUUGGGUUUAAUAAUGUGAAGCUUGUAUUUUUUUUAUAUUGUUGUUGAAAACCCCCAUCACUUCUUUUCCCAGUAUGUGUUCCUCUCCCAUCGAUUUGGCCUUCUACUUUAUUACAUAGUAAUACUUCCCUGAUGACGUCUGAGAGGGGAGGGAUGAACAUGCAGGAGCACAAACACACACAGUAUGCACUCACCCACGCACACACACACACACACACACACACACACACACACACACACACACACACACACACACACACACACACACACACACACACACACACACACACACACACACACACACACACACACACACACACACUCGCAUCUUCAUACACAUACAGACCGGAUGCACCGUCACAGUGGCCUACAAUAAAAGUAUUCUCCAGGCCCAUUACGAUAGGCUACCAUUUUGCUGAGAGGCAGGCGGUCAUGCUGUUUGUAUUGACAUGCACAUGUAAUGAGGUGGUCAACUGGUUUCCUUCAAAAGCCCAAUUUGUUUUGAAGUGACUUCAAACUCCUCCCUUUCUAACUUGCCAGUGAAUUUGUAUUGAUAUACAGUACCAGUCAAAAGAUGACACACCUACUCAUUCAAAGGUUUUUCUUUAUUUUCUACAUUGUAGAAUAGUAUUGAAGACAAAAACUAUGAAAUAGCACAUGUAGAAUAAUGUAGUAACCAAAAAAGUGUUAAAUUAAUCAAAAUAUAUUUUAGAUUCUUCAAAGUAGCCACACUUGGACUUGAUGACAGCUUUGCACAAUCUUGACAUUCCCUCAACCAGCUUCACCUGGAAUGCUUUUCCAACAGUCUGGUAGGAGUUCAUACUUGUUGGCUGCUUUUCCUUCACUCUGGUCCAACUCAUCCUAUACCAUCUCAAUUGGGUUGAGGUCAGGUGAUUGUGGAGGCUAGGUCAUCUGAUGCAGCACUCCAUCACUCUCCUUCUUGGUCAAAUAGCCCUUACACAGCCUGGAGGUGUGUUGUCCAAUGAUAGUCCCACUAAGCACAAUCCAGAUGGGAUGGCUAUGCUGGUUAAGUGUGUCUUGAAUUCUAAAUAAAUCACUGACAGUGUCACCAGCAAAGCACCCGACACCAUCACACCUCCUCCUCCAUGCUUCACGGUGGGAACUACACAUGUGGAGAUCAUCUGCUCACCUGCACUGCAUCUCACAAAAACAUGGGGGUUGGAACCAAUAAUCUCAAAUUUGACAGAUUUCCACCGGUCUAAUGUCCAUUGCUCGUGUUUCUUGGCCUAAGAAAGUAUUUUCUUCUUAUUGGUAUCCUUUAGUAGUGGUUUCUUUGCAGCAAUUUGACCAUGAAGGCCUGCUUCACGUGAACAGUUGAUGUUGAGAUGUGUCUGUUUCUUAAACUGUGUGAAGCAUUUAUUUGGGUUGAAAUUUCUGAGGCUGGUAACUAAUGAACUUAUCCUCUGCAGCAGCGGUAACUCUGGGUCAUCCUUUCCUGUGGCGGUCCUCAUGAGAGUCAGUUUCAUCUUAACGCUUGAUGGUUUUUGCGACUGUGCUUGAAGAAAACUUAAAAGUUCUUGAAAUGUUCCAUAUUGACUGACCUUCAUGUCUUAUUUGAGCUGUUCUUGCCAUAAUAUGGACUUGGUCUUGUACCAAAUAGGGCUAUUUUCUGGAAUCCACCUCUACAUGGUCACAACACAACUGAUUGGCUCAAACGCAUUAAGAAGGAAAGAAAUUCCCCAAAUUAACUUUUAACAAGGCACACCUGUUUAUUUGAAUGCAUUCCAGGUGACAACCUCAUGAAGCUGGUUGAGAGAAUUCCAAGAGUGUGCAAAGCUGUCAUAAAGGCAAAGGGUGGCAAAGGAUGUCCAAACUUUUGACUGGUGCUGUAUAUUCUGGUUGUGUCGGACCCUGGUUAAAAGUUGUGCACUAUAUAGGGAAUAGAGUGCUAUUUGGGGGGGGACGGGGACUCUCACUCUCGCGUAGACUUGUCAAGAAUCAUAGGCUCAUCUACUCCAGUCUCAUGUUUUCCCACUAGCAGCUAUGAGGGUGAGAUAUACAGCUUUUAUUGGUAUGUGACAUUUUUCAACCUCAUAGCGGGGAAGGUUAACUAGCGUGAUUUAAAUCAGAGGUGUUUUUAUUUUUUUCUCUCCACCUCACUGACGAUCAACAUUCAUGCAGUCGGUGCUGGGUGUGUGUGUAUGUAAAGGGCUCUCAUGGACUAUGUUGUGGCCGAGUUAAACGAUAUGAAGUGAAAGUGAAAACACACAUGGAACCUGUUAACACCUGCAUAUGGUAGUGGAUGCACACAUACUGUUACACACCUUCUAUAUUAUUCUUGUUUUCUCCUUUUCAGCAGACUCUAUAGCAGGGAUCAUCAACUAGAUUCAGCCGUGGGCCGUUUUUUUUUCUUGAGGGGAUGGUCAGGGUGCCGGAACAUAAUUACAUAUCAUUUGUAGACUGCAAAUUGACCACAAGAAGCCCAAACAGAUAAAAUAUUUGACUAAAACAUAAUAAUUUAAAUCCGUGCUUACAUUUGUUUACGAUCAUAUACACUACAUGGCCAAAAGUAUGUGGACAUUUGCUCGUUGAACGUCUCAUUUCAAAUUCAUGGGCGUUAAUAUGGUGUUGAUCCGACUUUCCUGCUAUAACAGCCUCCGCUCUUUUAUUUUUUAUUUUAAUGGAAUCUUUAUUUAAUUAGGCGAGUCAGUUAAGAAUAAAUUCUUAUUUACAAUGGCGUCCUACACCGGCCAAACCCGGACGAUGCUGGGCCAAUUGUGCGACCACCCUAUGGGACUCCCAAUUACGGCCGGUUGUGAUACAGCCUGGAAUCUAACCAGGGUGUCUGUAGUGAAGCCUCUAGCACUGAGAUGCAGUGCCUUAGACCGCUGCGCCACUUCUUUUCGGAAGGCCUUCCAUUAGAUGUUGGAACAUUGCUGCAGGGACUAGCUUUCAUACAGCCAUAUGCAUUAGUGAGGACGGGCACUGAUCUUGGGCAUAAGCCCUGGCUCGCAGUUAGCGUUCCAAUUCAUCUCAAAGGUGUUUGAUGGGGUUGAGGUCAGGGCUCUGUGCAGGCCAGUCAAGUUCUUCCACACCGAUCUCGACAAACCAUUUCUGUAUGGACCUCGCUUUGUGCGCGAGGGAAUUGUAAUGCUGAAACAGGAAAGGACCUUCCCCAAACUUUUGCCAUAAAGUUGGAAGCACAGAAUCGUCUAGAAUUUAAUUAUUUCUAUGCUGUAGUGUUAAGAUUUUCCUUCACUGGAAGGCCAAUGUUUUUCAAUGGAGAUUGAUUGACUGUGUGCUCGAUUUUAUACACCUGUCACAGGUGUGACAAAUAGCCGCUUCCACUAAUUUGAAGGGGUGUCCUCGUACUUUUGUGUAUACAGUGUAUAUCUCUCAAUUAUGUAUGGGAAUACUUUGCUACAGAUUUCCAAAAUUAAAAUCACUUGGAGUUGAUUUGUUGGUGUUUUUACAGUCUUAUGUACCACAACAAAAAAUGUGGUCAGAAUACUGUGGUCCGCCAGUUGGAGUACCCUGCUCUAUAGAGAUGUAAGGUUAUCCAUGUUAACUAUUGAUCAUGAGUAGUUUAUUACUCAGGAUUUAUCCUUAGUGAAGGUUACAGGUUAUUAUUUAUCUUCUCUCAGCAUUAACUACAAAGGUACAUUACUCUUAAUGCACAGUACAGUACAUUAGUGUCAUUCUGCCCUGUGACGAAUGGACAUUCUUUAAAACAAGACAUGGAAUAAACAUUUAUUCCACACAAAGCAAAUUCAUUUCCAUUGAAUGGAUAAAAACAUGUGUUGGUCCCUGUCCUAAUUUACCCAUCUAAAUAUUUAUCCCUGCGUGUUAACAUUUAGAUAUAAACCUUCCUCAAGAGAAAAAUAAUUUGGUUGGGAAUGUUUACGAGAUCUGACUGGGACUCUUGAAGCUUAAAUGUCACCGUCUGUAAAUAGAUGGUUAUUGAUUUUUUUUUUUAAAGAGGGCUUUUCAGUUGCAUUUCAACCACGGUUAAUAAAUCAGCACAAUAUCUCUCCAAAUGAAGGAUAAUGAAUUAAAAGACGGUGACAGAGAUGAUAAUGAUUAAAUGACAAGUUCCAAAUAGAUCUGACUUUGUAUAUCGGUGUAGCUAACAACUAGAGGUCGACCGAUUUAUGAUUUUUCAAGGCUGAUACCGAUACAGAUUAUUGGAGGACCAAAAAAAGCCACUACUGAUUAAUCGGACGAUUUAAAAAUAUAUAUAUAUAUUAUUAUUAUUAUAUAUAUUUUUUGUAAUAAUGACAAUUACAACAAUACUGAAUGAACACUUAUUUUAACUUAAUAUAAUACAUCAAAAUCAAUUUAGCCUCAAAUAAAUAAUGAAACAUUUUCAAUUUGGUUUAAAUAAUGCAAAAACAAAGUGUUGGAGAAGAAAGUAAAAGUGCAAUAUGUGUCAUGUAAGAAAGGUAACUUUUAAGUUCCUUGCUCAAAACAUGAGAACAUAUGAAAGCUGGUGGUUCCUUUUAACAUGAGUCUUCACUAUUCCCAAUACGUUUUAGGUUGUAUUUAUUAUAGGAAUUAUAGGACUAUUUAUCUCUAUACGAUUUGUAUUUCAUUAACCUUUGACUAUUGGAUGUUCUUAUAGGCACUUUAGUCUUGCCAGUGUAACAGUAUUGCUUCAAUCUCUCUCCUCGCUUCUACCUGGGCUCAAACCAGGAACACAACAACAACAGCCACCCUCGAAGCAGCGUUACCCAUGCAGAGCAAGGUCUGGACUCCAAGUCUCAGAGCGAGUGACGUUUGAAACACUAUUAGUGUGCACCCCGCUAACUAGCUAGCCAUUUCACACCGGUUACACCAGCCUAAUCUCGGGAGUUGAUGGGCUUGAAGUCAUAAACAGCGCAAUGCUUGACGCACAACGAAGAGCUGCUGGCAAAACAAACAAAAUUGCUGUUUGAAUGAAUGCUUACGAGCCUGCUGCUGCCUACCACCGCUCAGUCCGACUGCUCUAUCAAAUCAUAGACUUAGUUAUAACAUAAUGACUGUCACGAGUGGCGCUCGGCGGUCGUCGUCACCGGCCUAUUAGCUGCCACUGAUUGUCUUUCCUCUCCCUCCUUGUAUGUUGAUUGGUAGCACCUGUUUAUAUAUGAUUAGUUUGUCUUUAUUAGACAGCCGGCCCGCCUGGUUGUUGUGUGGGAUUAUUUCAGUGUAACCUUCGGCUCUGUUGUAGAGGUACGUGUUAGUGCCUGGUCGUGACUUUUCCGUUGUAAAUUUUCAUUCCCUGUGUUUGGGGCCGUUACUAUUGUGAGCACCCUGUGGUGCGUUGGUGCUAUUAAUAUACUAUUAUACUAUUAAAGACGCACAGCAUUGCA